AUGUCUCAUAGAUGUCGAUCAUUGCAAAGACUACCUAAAAGGCUUUUGUCUUCACCCCCAACCCAUUUUAAUAAUCCAAAUUCAACUCCUCGUCCUUUUGGUGAAGAAAUGACUCAAGUCGAGUCAAUUUCUUCAUCGCCACCAAGUACAAUUCCAACUGCAGCAUCACCUCCGACUCCCCCUUCUUCAAUGGGCCAUGGUACUGGUAAUGGAGGAUCCGGAUUUGUUCGGGAAUUCGUUUCAUUAUUAACAAUUGGUGUCCUUUCCUAUUUAGCAAUUGAUAACUAUUCAACUAGAGUCAAAUUAGAAAAAGUUAACAAAGAAUUAAAUAGUAUCAAUUUAAAGAGAUUCCAAGUCGAACAAGCUAAAUUCUUAAACUAUAAUAAACAAAAAGACGUUCAAAUUUUACAAGAAAGAAGAGAACAUUCAAAAAGAGAUUUCAAAAUGUCAUUACACAUCGCCUUACUAAGAAAACAAUUGAAGGAAGCCGGCUUAAACCCAAUUGAUAUCGAUCAGGUCAUUAAACAAUUUGAAUCAAACGUAAAAGCUGAUUAUUCGAGUAAAAAUAUCACCGGUCAAGCAAUGUGGUUGAAGGAUGAAAGUGAUUUGAAAUCCUAUUUCCCUAACCCCCGUGAUUAUGAUAAGAAACAAAUCGACCCGGGAUUGAAAGAUUAG